CUUUUCCCUGGGUGGGCGGGGCUUUGUGCCGCAGCACUAUGUGGUUGUUUCAGCGAGCGCUGUUUAUCGGGACGCUGGGGAGCAAGAGCUUCGCUAGAGCUAUGUGUGCCCAAGCCAACGACUGGCAGUCGGCCAAAUCCAUAUACGAGUUCUCAGCCAAAGACAUCGAUGGAAAUGAAGUGUCUCUGGAGAAAUACAGGGGUUAUGUGUGCAUCAUCACUAACGUAGCCUCUAAAUGAGGUAAGACUCCUGUAAACUACACUCAGUUUGCGGCAAUGCACGCCACGUACGCUGAGAAAGGUUUACGCAUCCUGGGCUUCCCCUGCAACCAGUUUGGAAAGCAGGAGCCUGGAACAGAGGCGGAGAUCAAGGAGUUUGCCAAAGGCUACAACGCAGAGUUUGAGCUCUUCAGUAAGAUCGAGGUGAACGGCGACGGGGCUCAUCCGCUCUGGAAAUGGAUGAAGGAGCAGCCCAAAGGCAGAGGAACUCUGGGAAACAACAUCAAGUGGAAUUUCACUAAGUUCCUCAUUAACAGAGAAGGUCAGGUUGUGAAGAGGUACGGACCGAUGGACGAUCCAAGCGUUGUUGAAAAGGAUCUUCCCAAGUACCUGUAGCCGUUUGGAUCAGACCCGAUCUCCGUCCCAUGUGUUUGUAGAUGUGCGUCUCCUCUCUGGUCCAUGGCUGGAUGUUGGCAGGGUGAAGCCCAGAUGUGUGACGGCCGUU